UGAAACGAUGUUUCUGCCUCAUGAAGCUUGGUUUUAAUUUUGAUUGCAUCAUUUUAGAAAUUUAUGCUGAAAACCUUAUGAAUUCUUUUCGUUGAUGAUUGUAUCGAUAACUCGAGUGUUAUGCUUCAGGCGUAAAUGAACGAUGCUGAAAACCAGACUCCUACUAAGCGGCGGUUAUCAUCUGCCGUUGUAAGAAAUUAACCACUUCGGAGUAUAAACGAUUGGCUGCAAGGAAACGAUUGGUUGGUAAACUUAGAAAUGAAGCAAGAUAACUUUCGAGCAUUGAUGGAGGAGAUAAAUGAAGAAGCCAAAGGAAAGGAUGCAAGGAAGUCUCAGGAAGAAACAUCUGGGAGUGAUGCAGUCUGCCAGAACGAUGGGAAACAAAAUCUUUUGCGGCAGAGCGGAUCGUUUAGAUUGGAUGGAAAUAAAAGAGCAUCUAGGAUGGUAAUUUUCAUGUACUUCUAUAUUUUAUCAUAUCCAUGAUGGUUUGGUCUCAAAGUUCUGUUUUAUAAUUUCUUUUGUGGUGGAUGGUUGCUUGUUGAUGGUGUCAUUGGGAAUAUAAACUGGAUAUUUAGUUGCAUGUUGUCAACAUAAAUGUUUGUCCAUCCACUUGUUGCAUUACAAAAAUGCAUUUCAGGCUUUUAUGGAAUUGGAAGCCUCCAAAAGAGAGGAGUUGUAUGAGUAUCAGGAACAGAUAGGAGAACAGUAUGUUGCAAAUGUUGAGCAGGUGGAGUUCGGGAGGUGGCAAAAUGCAAGGAGGGCAAGAAAAGGACAUAGUGAUGUAUGGAAAUUGCAGGAAACCAUGGACAGAAUUGGAACAUCCCAGGUGGUAGCAACGAAAAAGACGAGGAUGAUGUGGAAGAUAUUAAAGUUGGGGAGGAUGAAAUAAUAGACGAUGUACCUGUGUAGCAACGAGGAUUAGGAUGAUGUGGAAAAUAUUAAGUUGGGAAGGACAACAUGAUAGAUGAUGUACUCGGGGUAGCAACAAUGAGAAGGAUAAUGUGGAAAACAUUGGGGAGGACGACAUAAUAGACGAUGUACUCGGUGUUGCAACAACGAAGAUGAGGAUGAUGUGGAAGAUACUAAGUUGGGGGGGACAACAUGAUAGAUGACGUAAUCGGGGUAGCAACAAUGAGGACAAGGAUAAUGUGGAAGAUAUUAACAUUGGGGUGGACGGCAUAAUAUACGAUGUACUCGGCGUUGCAACAACGAAGAUGAGGAUGAUGUGGAAGAUACUAAGUUGGGGAGGACAAUGUAAUAGAUGAUGUACACGGGGUAGCAACAAUGAGGACAAGGAUAAUGUGGAAGAUAUUAACGUUGGGGUGGACGACAUAAUAUACGAUGUACUCGGCGUUGCAACAACGAGGAUGAGGAUGAUGUGGAAGAUAUUAAGUUGAGGAAGGCAACAUGAUAGAUGAUGUACUUGGGGUAGCAAUAACGAGGACAAGGAUAAUGUGGAAGAUAUUAACGUCGGGGAGGAUGACAUAAUAGACGAUGUGCUCUGCAUUGCAAUAACGAGGAUGAGGAUGGUGUGGAAGAUAUUAAUGUUGGGGCGGAUGACAUGAUAGACGAUGUACUCGGUGUAGCAACGAGUAUAAUGAUAACAUGGAAGAUAUUAAUGUUGGAGAGGACAACAUGAUAGACAAUGUACACGUGAACCAACAACGAGGACAAGGUUAAUGUGGAAGAUAUUAACGCUGGGGAGGAUGACAUGAUAGACUACAUGCUCGACGCUGUCGAAGACAAUGGGCGCAGAGGCGAGGAACCCGAAAAAUCUGAAGCCAAUGUUGCAAGUCCAAACCCGAAGCUGUGCAGUAGAAGAAAAAACCCGAAGGAUUCACUGAAACAGGAAGACCAGAGCUUAAUCAACCAUGGAGGAGAUGACGUCACGGCCUAAUGUGAACUCCCGCAAUAACCCCCUGCAACGUCCUCUUCCACCGCCACCGUCGAGAGUAAGAGCGGUUGCAAGCAACAACAAUCACCGUCCUCUUCCACCGCCACCGUCAAGAGCUCCCUUUAAUGUCCAACACGACACUCACCGUUCUCCUCUUCCUUCAAUGCCACCGUCCAGGCCGAAUUCCGAGUCUCAGAAUGCUCGCUUUCCGUCUCCGCCCUCGUCGCCACCGUUAUCUCGUCGGCAGCAUUUUGGUUACGACACGACGUCGUCUUCCUCAUCGGCUUCCUUCCGAGGCUGUUGCUGCUGCCUCUGCCUCCUCUUCUCCUUCAUCGCUCUCCUCGCUCUCGCGAUCGUCCUCGUCGUCGUUCUCGCUGUCAAGCCUAAGAAGCCUCAAUUCGAUCUCCAGCGAGUCGGUGUUCAAUAUAUGGGGAUAACCACUCCGAAUCUCUUCUCCUUAUCCUCCGCCGAUUCACAGACCGUGACAACGCCGACGCCGACAACAACAACGACCUCCGCAGCGCUAUCGCUCAACAUUCGAUUGCUGUUCACGGCAGUGAAUCCAAACAAGGUCGGAAUCAAAUACGGGAAUUCAAGGUUCACAGUGAUGUACCGCGGGAUUCCGCUAGGAAAAGCAAUAGUGCCUGGAUUUUACCAAGAGGCGCACAGCCAGAGAGAAGUGGAGGCAAUGAUCGCCGUCGAUCGAGUGAAUCUCCUUCAGGCAGACGCCGCCGAUUUGAUCAGAGACGCGUCGUUGAACGAUCGAGUGGAACUGAGGGUUUUGGGCGAAGUUGGCGCCAGGAUCCGCGUAUUGGAGUUCGAUUCCCCCGGCGUUCAGGUGUCGGUGGAUUGCUCGAUAGUGAUAAGUCCAAGGAAUCAGUCGUUGACUUCGAAGCAAUGUGGAUUUGAUGGGUUCAGCUUAUGAUUGUUCUUACUUAUUUUCUUCACUCUCUAUCUCUGGUCUUUUAAUGUCAACAGAGAUGGAAUGAAUGAUUUUGAGAGGAAGAAGAAAAAUGUACACAAAAAAAAAAAAAAAAAAAAAAAAAA